AUGUUUGAAGUGCCUGAAGCAAAGAGGGUUCGAAGAGAAGAUCUGGACAAAUCAGAUGAUGGCGCAGAGAAUUGGAGUGUCGACGGCAUUUGUGAUGCCGAGUUGCGCGCAAAACUGAAUGAACAGAUCGCAAGAGCAUUGGGACUGGAAGUAUUGGCAGAACCGACGCCUGACGUCGCGAUCAAGGACUGUUCUCUAAGAGGAAGCAAAGAGUCUCGUGAUAACGGUAUUGGAGAAUCAGAGGCUAUUCCCGCCGCGAAGGAUGAUGAGGAAGAAGAAUUUGUUUUUCGACUUUUCAGCAAAGCCCCACCAAGCCAAAAGGUUGUUCUGGAGGAAGAUCAUGGACCAACAGGCGAUGGAACUUUUGUGAGCGGUCGACCACUCAGUUACUAUGUGGUUAAAAACGUCUCUGCAGAACGAAAGCAUGAGUAUACUGUAGCAGCAGUUCCUUGGAAGGUUACGAAACUCGCUAUUACUCGAAAAGCCAGGGCGAAUGAAAAACGGGCACAGGGUGAAGUGGCACAAACAAAACGGCGACCAGGGAAGAAACAACGGAUAUCCUUAAGAAAACGAGCAAAGGAAAUGGAAGAGAGGAAAGCAGCCGAGGUCAAAAAACUGGCCGAGAAAGAGGAGCAUGUAAAAGACAAGAAGAAGAGGAUGAAUCGUCUGAAGAAGCUACGAAAAAGGGCAAAAGCAAAAAAAGGACAGAAACAAGCAUUGAAAGAGGGAGAUGCGGAUCAUGACUCUAAUGCAGAUUCGUCAGGUUCCAAGUGA